AGUCAUCCCAAGCUCAAGCGGCAGCCCACCAUGGCGCGUCGCGAGAGGAUUUUCCUUGAUGGCUUUACGGCGAUUCCUGAGCUGAACGGGGUGUACGUCCAGGGUGACCCAAAGGUCAUCAUAGGAGACCGCCCAGUGUAUUGGAAGGACAACCACUUCUUCCUUUACCACAACGCGCAGCUUCGCAGGUAUCACCUGUCGCCCCGACGGGAUGGCGACGGCACAGACCUUUUUGGUCAUGCUUAUCAGUUUCAACAGCGUGGCGUGGCUGUGUCAACUGACACGCCCACCGUGUGGAGAGAGGCACGGCCUGAUGGCAGCUGGAAAACCAUCCUCGUAAAGACACGCAUCGACUCAGGAGAUGGACGAUGGGCGCCUGUGGAGCCCCCACCAGAGCUUCUCCAUCAGUUUGCUGAAAGCGUGGCAGCGGCUAGAGCACGCCAGCAGGAGCAAGAGCUCCUUGCACAACAGCAAGCUGAGCAAAAGAGGCUCUUGGAAGCCGAACGGGACAAAGAGCGUGAGGCAGCACGACAGAAGACCUUUGCCGAGUGGCGAGAUCAUGGGCCGCCCCCAGUGAACGGCUUGAAGCCCAAGAUUGAGGAAGGAAAGGUCCGAAAGGAAACCUUGAAGCGAAAUAAGACAUCGGCCGAGAGCACAUCAGGAGGGAUCAAAUCCAGGCGCAUGUAUUUCAGCACUGAUCUGCAGACAGCACAGAAGAAGUACUUCCGUUGGAAGAGAAUGAUGAAGAGGAAGAACCUGCGGUGCCCCAAGAUUAGACGGAACACCUCGGAUCUGGCUGUCUUUAAGGAAUUGAUGAUCUCAAAAGUGUACCAGCCCUUCAAGGGCAGUGGGGUGUUGGAUUGCUUCGUUGCCAAAGCCGGCGAUUCCCUUCUGGACGUCGGGGGCAACGUAGGGUUAGCUUGCUGGAGUUACUGGCAUUUUAACCAGGUCCGCAAAGGAGAUUGCUACGAGCCGUCGAGAGGAUGCAAAAGUGGAAUCACGAAGAAUUUGAAGGCCUUGAAUUUGAAUGGCUGUGCCUUCCAGUACCAUGACUGCGGAGUGGGCACAGAAAACGCGGAAGCUCCCUUUGUGGACACCACCAACUGCAGCAGAGGUGGUAGCAGUCGAUCUUCAUUGGCUGAGUUCGCUCGAAGAAUGCGGAAGGGAGCCGACACAUACACUGUCCAGAUCAAGUGUUUCCAGGACAUUCUGCAAGACCACACGGUGGUAAAAAUGGACUGCGAAGGAUCCGAGUUGAAGAUUCUGGCCACCGAGUGGCAUUGGAACAAAGUGCGGCUGCUGGCGGUGGAGAUUUCUGUGAUCCUUCUUCGGAAAGAGCAUCCCGAUGGAAGUGGAUGGACGCAGUUCAACGCCAUCCUGCACUGCUUGCGCAGAGGCGGUUUUACGCUUGCCAAGCUUGACCCCCGCGUGUUCAAGGUCGAGUACUGGAAUCCAAGCACUAAAGAGAGGUCUUUUCAGAGUGAUGCAAUCUGUUGGUUUGCGAGGACAACGUUGCCAGAUCCCACGCCGCCGAACAUGACGCAGUACACCAAGUGGUGGGAUUUCGACCGCCUGAUGAAAGAGUCAUUGAAGGUUCUUAGUGCGAAGAGAAAGUGUGGUGUUUUGUGAGGAGAGCUUUGCGUCACCAUCUUCCUGGGAGUUGUUUUCUCAGGGUGGUUUUUGGAAUCCCGCUGCACGGUGACAAGUCUCAGUGUCAGGCAAGUUUGCGAUUCUGAUUGGCGUGAGUGUGCUCAGAAAGUGUUGAGAUCAUUCCAUGUGUGGCGCGGUGCAGAUCAUGUGCCAGACAUGUCAAGGUGUGGCAUAGUCAUUGUUGUGGCAGGCGCAGGUGAUUGUCGCUGUGGGGGUUGGCGUGUCAGCGGCUGCUCUUUCGAGGGGCUUGGAUUGCAAAACCGUUUGGCGGGACGGCGCGGAUUUUUGGGGCUGAUGAGGUGCCCCACUAAAAGCUCGCUGCUGAAGGAACAAGCAUUCGCUUUGGAAGCUUGACGCACCACGCGUGCCCUAGAAGAAUGUCUCACAAGAGUGUCCUGGGGCCUGGGGCUCGGCCAGGCCGCACGCGUGUAUGUUUGCAUUCGGAUUCGUCGGCGACGUUUUGUUUGUUUCCUUUUUCCUUGGGCCUGACUUUUGGUUGUUUCCCUUUCGCUCUUCCUUUUGCUUAUGUUUUUCUACACUUGGAAACAAGCAAGCUCUACGACUCAGAUAUUUUGAGCCGUGCUGGGUUGAGGAAACCAUCCACCCAAGCCUAAGCUCAACUGUUUUGCCACAGGAGUUGUUGAUUUCACAUUCAUGUACUGUGUUUUUUCUUGGCUCUGUCAUUAUCAUGCUUGUGUACUUCAUGUGUUUCGCAUCACAUUUUUGAGUGGCGCACCCACCCAGUUCAGUGAUGACAUGCAGGUUUCUCACGUUUCCCACGAAUGGUUUGUUUUUUCAGUUGUGUUUUUUUCCGCACGCCCAUCCACUUUGGCAACCCAAGUUCUUUGUGGCGACUCAUGGACCGAGUUCUUUUUCUGCAACAGCUGAAGUGAGAAAACACGCGGCCAUGCCAGAAGUUGAUCGCCCCGUGUUCAAAUCACGCCUUAAAUCGGCUGGCUUUGCAGAUUUUGCAAUGGUUUUGUUUGUUCUUCUUCAAGGUUGCCCUACCACCAGUUUCGUGCCCUCGAUGUUUCCGUGCUGGCGUGUCACUUCUUGAGUUUUGUUUGUUGCUUCGCGUGCAUUGGCCACUAUUUGCACGUUUGUUUUUCUCGUCCUCUCUACUUGGGUUCCUUGUUGUUCGCUGUGUUCUUGUCCAUUUCAGCAAAGCCUUCUCAAUGCCAAAUCGCCGACAUCUGGCGCUCAACUGUCUAGAUUUGGUUCUCCUUUCAGGUUUGUUGUGAGCUGACUUUAAGUUUGACGAUAUUUGGGGGACUUUGACAUUUUUCAGCGCAAGUUCUUCUUGCGUUGUUGCCACCACAUAAAGGCAGCGUAACUUGCUGGUUUAUCAAAUUCUUCGACGGAGAUCGGUUUUUCGCCUUUGCUUUUGCAGAGUUAUCGCAGUGAGUUUCCUUUUUCUUUCAAUUUCUUCGGUUUUCGACCCCUUGAAAACAGGAACCACAGCCAGAAAUCAAACAAUCAAGAGACGCUUGGAGACUCCUAGAACUGUUACUUGGGUUUUGGUUUUCCUUUAAAGAUUGUCCUUUUCCAACAAGUCGCUUGUUUGCCUUCAACACCAUGCAUUGUAGGUCCGGGACCACCAAAACCGAAAUGGCCAAGCCACUUUGAUCAAAGCAUGAGUUCAUCACAUCAUUGGAUGUAGCGUGUUCUUCAAUGCUUUUCCGUUCCUGCGGUUGGAUUCCAAAUCCCAGUGCGCGACUUGAUAGGCACAUCGGCUGGCGAAUGCUCAGACCCCGGAGCAUCACAGUGCGCCGAGGUGCUCUGCAAGCACGACUGGCGAAGCAGCAUGAAACAGCCUCAAGUGCAUUUUUGGAGGCAUGCGUGCCCCUUCCAUCCUCCAAGAGAUAGCCGGCGCCGCUUUUUCCACAAAAUGGAGUCGCCAAGAGUUUUUUGCGUUAGCUUGAAUGCUUCGCCCUGCUUCCAACGCUUUACAGGAGGCAGCGGCCCUUUUCAAUUCAGUGUGACCUUUCAGGUUCCUUGGAACGAUUAUUCCAAAGGUGAUGCUAAAGUUGGAAGUUCGCAUGGAGGUUUCAUUUUCAUUAGAAACUGAAAGGUUAUGCUACGUUAAAAAAUUAGUUUGUGACAUGGGGGUUCUGCUGUUGGUGUGGCUAACUCACA